AGUUGUAACCGUCGUUCAGAUUCAAAAGUUCGGUUGCUUUGUUUCGGUUGCAAAAUGUAAUUUUUUAUACAUUUAUCAAAAAUCUGCACAAUUAUGUCGGGUAAACUGCAGGACUAUCAAGUUUUAGACGUUUUGUGUGGCGGCACGUUCUACAAAGUACGGCACAAGGUCACCAACGACAUAUUCGCAUGGAAGGCGUACGAUUGCACUGCGUACUCGAACGAGCAGCUACGGGACGUUGCGUUCGACGCGGAUGCAAUAAACAAAGCCUGCGGCGGCGCUGCGGCCCUGCUGCGCGUGCACGACACGGUGCUGCAUGCGCCCUCGCGCACUCUGUACUUCGUGUUGGAGCACGGCGUCUGGCGCAGCGUCGCCGAGCUCAUCGACGCCUGCGACUCCGCCGACAAGUGCGCUUCGGAGGCCUUCGUGUGGCACCUGCUGCUGGAGCUGGCGCGCGCGUGCCGGGCGCUCCGGAACGUUAAACUCUCCGUCCUACGUGUCUGCCUCUCGCCAGCUACAGUUCUUGUCGAAGAGGGCGGUGCAGUGCGUUUGCAUUGUUGUGAGCCAGCGGCGGCGCCCGGGGCGCCCACCACUCCCGUCUUGCGGCAACUCGGCGACCUGCUGAGUGCUUUGUGCGCCGCGCCCCGCGCCGACAAGAACUCACAAUACAGCGACGAUCUCCUCCACAUUAUCGGUUUCCUCAUGGACGAACGGAACUCGAAUCUACAUCCAGAUGUCAUACUCUACCACCCUACGGUGCUUGCCAACAUCGAAACGUUUUCUCGCCCCAAACAUUUGAGUGAAUUACUUGUCUCGGUUGAUUACUCACAUUCCACUUCAGUGAACAAGUGUGACUCCGAGAAGGCUGUGGAGUUGAGUAGGGCCGUGCAGCCUGCGCCGCGGUCGUCGAAAACGCAGGAGAGCCCUAUUUACUGCAAUAUUACUCCAAAAAAAUAUUGUAAUAAAGAAAUUUUAGAGUCUAACUCGCCUCAAGGCCAGUUGUCUCCUACUAUAGCUGCCUUGGCUCUCGAGCUGCCAGGAUUCGUUCCUCGCAGCCGAAAAGCGAUAACUGGAGCCCUGACCACAUACAAUGCUGCCCAGCAAGUGACAGAAAACGCUCUGAGCAAGCAAUGGAUGUCUCGCCUCAUUGCAUUGAGACAAAGGGAACACAGUCUCAAUCAGAGGGAAAGAGACCUCAUUGCGAAGGAGAUUUUAAACAGUCCUGCUGCUAAGAUAAUUUCUCUGAAUGAUUCUGAGGUGCCAGACAAUAGUGAGAGUAAUGGGAUCACCCUGCCUCCCAUGAUAACACAAGCAGAGGACAGGCAGUGGGUGUCGCGCCGCCACAGGCGAACUAGCUCAGCGCGCCUCAAAAAUCGGCGAAAAACGUUCGCAUACGAGGAUUUGGACAGCUCCCUGUCCGCUGACAAUGGAGACGGCAGCAUGAUCAUCACAGCCACCAAAUUCACCAAGGACAACAUGCCUCGGAACUUGUUUCCUGAACCGGCUAAGAAAGUUCACUUUACCCCGAUCAACCCAUUUGCAGAGAGUGAUGAAAGUGUGACCUUGACCUUCUAUGAGUUAGAAAAUGUUGACAAGGAAGGCUACCAGCUGCCAAGACAGCAAGAGCAAGUGGGCAAAGACAUUUCUAAGUUCAAAUACUUAAAUUUAGAGAAGAUGACCUCUGAGAAAAGGGCAGCUAUGCCCUGGAGCCACUCUUCACCUUCUAAGCAGGCCAAGAUGUCACAGACCAUAUUCUCGGACAUCACCAACACUAAAGGAAAUUUAAAAAAAACCCCAUCAAAGUCGAGCAUCACUUCAAAAGGGUCAAGCAUCUCAAGAUUCUCUAUAGCUUCAAGCAAAAGUCAGUGGAGUAUGGACUCUAGCAAGGCAAGUGAUGGCAGCAUCUCUGACAGGACUAGGGCCAGUAUCCGGCAGUCCUUAGCACAGACCCCCAUAGCCCCUGAUGCUAAAAAGAAAAGCAGAAAAUCUCUGCUGCCCUUCAAAACGCCAUUUAAAUUCAUCACCUCAACUAAAAUUUAGACUAAAAUUGUUUAAAAGCUAGUAGAUUUAAG